AUGAAUACUUUUAAAAACAACAACAUCGUUGCAAAUAGUGGUGCUUAAUCUCAAUAACAGAAACAUAGAUUUAAAGACACUUCAGAUCAAAACUAAAGGAAAAAAGAGCCGAGCUAGCCAAUCUCUAAAGCUGAUCCAGAGAAGUAAAAGUUCUUACAAGUUUUGAGUAAAAUCAACAGCGGAAUGGAACAAAUGACUGAGUUAGAAACCACAAUGUACAAAAUAUUAUCAACGAUCGAUGCUAGAAAGAAAAUGCGAAUAAAAAAGGCUUUCUUUGCUUUCAAGAAUAACGCACUCAAUGAUAGGUUGGAAGAAACAAGACAUAACAAUAAGAAAAGAUUGGUUUUGAUUAGAUUUGAAAAUACUCUCACUAACUUCACAGAUGCAGUUUAGAGAUACACUACAAGAGCUUAUUUAUAAGAAGCAUUUGCGACAUUUAAGUUAAAUUUUCAAGCAAAGGCAUUAGAAGAUUAGGUUAGAUAGAAAAGCAUUAAGAAAGUUAAUGAAAUACAGCAAGAUUUGGUAAAUACAAUUAAGAAAUUAGAUGCUAUCAAUAAUAAAAAUGAGGAACUUGAUUCUGAGAUUACUGGAACUAAAAAGAAGUUAACAGAAUAGUAAAAAUAUAUAAAAGAGCUCGAUGAAAGAGGUGUGCAUUUGAACAACGAAUACAUUUAACUUCUUGAGAAAUAAAAUUCUGGUUCCCAAGAAAGGGUUAAUGUCUAGGGAUUAGAAGAUAAAGUAAUGACGCUAGAAGGUUAAAUACAAGAAAUAGAAGUGGAAAACAGACACUUAAAAGAUCGAUUAGAUGGAACGAAUUCACAUGUAGGUUCAUUCAUCAGAGAAAUGAGUACUUUCUUAGAUACACAUGAAAUUCAAGGAGUUCUCAAUAUGGAAGUAGAGAGCGAGGAGGAGGAUGAAGUUGACAGAAUGAUAGAUGUAGAGUAUGAUGAGCAUAGACCUCAUGCAGGAACUGGAGGCUCAUCCAAAAUGAGAAGUAGGCCAAACUAAUAAAAUCCAUAAUAAACUAGUGGGCUACCAGGAAGAGCUUAGCUUAUACAAAACUAAUAAAUGGCUUAAACUUAGUCAAGUCAAUAUCAAUAAUAGCAGUCACAUUCGUAACAGUAGCAGAAUUAACAAAGAAAUCCAAGGCAGUAAUAAAAUAUCUAGAAUAGAAUGAUGGCAUAACUCAUGAAUAACAAUAAUCCAGGGCUAUAACAAUAAUAGCAUUAGCAGUAGCAACAAUUGCAGCAAUAAUAAUAAUAACUAUAAUAACAUCAGGUAAAUCAAUAGUAGAGGACAAACGCCCAUCCAUAAAACUAAUAGAAAGUUAAUAGUAACUAUAAUAGCAACAGGUUAAAUAGGUGA